AUGCAAGAGUGGUUUAAUCAAGGUAUAUCUAUCAUUGGCAAGAUAAUUUAUGGUCAUAACUAUGUUGAUCAGUGGGUCAAGGCCAAACACACAACAAUAACAAUAAUAAGAGGAAGCGACACCUCACCUCCUGAGCAUUUGAAGGAUUAUGAAGCGUAUUGUUUAAAAAAAAUAAGACGACAAAAUUAG